AUGGUUAAUGCUUCGAGGGCUCGCACAUGGCCGAGCCACGAUGCGAGCCCUUUGACGAUCUCCUCAAGGAGUUUGUCAUGCACUCCGUUUUCUAGUUGGGCGCUCCGCUGCUUCCUAUGGCUCUGCCUGUGUUGUACAGUGCGCUCUGAGAGCAACUCUGUGGGCUCGGGCCGGGGCCUUCUCCAGCGGCAGAAGUUCCUGGCGGGACAGUUUCACCAUUUGGGAGCCCCAACUCUCGCGGGGCUGGACAAUGCCAUUUAUCGAUCUGGACGCUUGCGCUUCCGACCCCUUAGUUCAACCUGUGGCGAGCCCGGGUCUAGCGUCAUGGACGCGGCGGUUCAGCCCCCCUGCGUGGGCAACAUCUGCAAUGGUCCUGCCAGUCGGGUUGGGGAUCUGGCUGUUUGGGAGGAUGUCCGCGUUGUGAGAGUCGGGGUCUACCAGCUGUGCUGGUGCAGACCCAGCCUAAGCUGUCAGCAGCUGAACACGUGCUGCCGGGAAGAUGCCGACUUUGGUGAGGCAGCCGGGGAGGUGGAAGUGGUCGGUCCCGGCUGGAUACUGGUCUCGCCUGUCCUGGGCCAGGGAUUCCGCUUCGAGCUCGUGUAUCCCGAAGCUUUGCCCGGUUCCCAGGUGCUGCUUCGGCUCAGACAAGAGGGACCCUGUGGUCUGCCGCGAAACGCCGCAGAAGAGCGAGCCUCGCUUCUGCGUGGCGACGGGAACGUGGAAGAUGAAGAGCUCCCACUCGCAACUCCUGCAGAUCAGGCUGCCAGCCUCAACUUCACAGGAGACUUCUCGGACCGAUACGUUGCAUACCUGUACAGGCAUUUGACUUACACCGUAUGCUGGUGUGCCCAGUAUUGUUUCAAGCACGAAGAUGGCAGCAUCAAUGAAGAGGCCUUUGGGGCCGAGGUAGGCUUGUUUUAUCCAAGAGGCCCCGACACGGAGAAUAUGGCUCCGCAGUAUGCAGUGGCUGGGGUGUCAUUUGCAUUGUAUGUGCAGGGCGAUCGUUUGUCUGUGAAGGACCGGGUUCUUGUUCCUGAAAGCAGCACCUUGUGUGGCGAUCCCGAUACGGGACACGCCCUGGCAUUCCGCUCCUACAUUUGCGGGCGCGGCCAGAGCUCCUGCAUUGCAACACCUGCGAACGGACCUCCCACGUCCUUCGAGGACAUGGCAGACAUGGUAGGGGAAGCGGGGCUUAGCUUCCAGCGCGGGGGCUGGGAACCGGUGCAGAUCGACAGCCCUGGCACCUACCGCAUCUGCUGGUGCGUAGACGACACCUGGGACCCGGUAAAGCUCGAGAGCCAUGGCUACUGCGGCUCGGGCUUCCAGUAUGGGGUCGAAGCUGGUUUGGUCAUUGUCCAAGGAGCUGUGGGAGAUCAGGACUUCCCGUGCAGCGCCUUCCAGCCCUGCCAGUUCGAGGUGCACUCUGAGCUGCCAUUUGACGCUGAAGACCAGAUUCUGAUCGUCGCUCCACCUCCCACUGCGACCAAUUCACUGGCGACAAUCUGCGGCCGUGGGACAUCAGGGCUGCAGGUUCGCAUCACGGGUUCCUUUGCGGUGUAUCCCAGCACCACGACCGUGCUCAGCGACGACGAGGAGAACACGACCACGCCGGCACCUCUCCAACCGAUGUACUAUGUUGGCAACUUUCAGCUCGACUCUGCCGGGCAAGCUGGCCUCUACAGGGACGCGAAGCUUGGAGAGCCAAUUCAUGACUCCGUUCUCUCGCCAGAGACAGAGACCCGCACAGGCAAGCACUCGGAGAUGGGCCCCUGCGAUGAUGCCGUUGCCUUUGCGCAGUAUGCCGGCACCCUGAACUUCGGAGCAAUUAGGGAAGAGCACAGUGCAAAGAGGCUGGUGCAGAGACGCUCUUUGGUGCCGGUGAUUAUCGACUUUGCUAUUGCUACUCGCCAGACGGUGGAGCACACUCACGAGAUCGGCAGUCUGUACAUGGUUGGGGCACUGCUGCUCACCUGGUGGCUUCUUCUCUCAGGAAGUGAGGUCGAGGUGUCGAGUGGCCGAGGUCAACCAUGGAAUGGUCGUGUCGACAGGGCGCAGACUGUGGGAUCUUGGCGGGAGUCCAGAGUCUCUCCUUUUUCUGCUGCCGGCGAUCCUGCGACGUUGGAGGUCCAUGGCUGGCGGGUCGCCAGGGGCGAUGCGAUUCGGCUGGUACCGCUUUCCUUCUCCUGCGGAGAUCCGGAUCCGUUUGAUGCAUAUCUGGGAGCAGGCGAGGAGUUUCCGAAAGCCUUUUCCAGCACUCCUCGCGCCGGGGUACUCCUCCACUUCGAUCUCGGCAAAGCACGGGGCUCCGGUGUGGCAGCCGUGGCGAAGAGCGGAUCUGGGUGCACCUAUGCAGGCGACUAUGCCCAACCGGCGGCAUUCCCAGAGCUGAACGAGGGCUGA